AUGGAAAGCAGAAACAGGGAUAGUUCAUUACAAGGAAAGUAUAAGAAAAUGGGAUAGCACUUCGUAUCUAGAAGGCUCUUAUCGAUUGGAAUCAAUAACUAUACAUAAUUCGCAACUACUUUUAAAACUGAUUUAAAGACGUCAUAGUCUGAUGCAAUGAGGAUAACAAAUCUAUUCCUCAAAGAUAUCAAAUACCGUAAAGUAGAACCAAUAAUAGAUAAAAAUUUAAAGAAUCCAUGGUAAAAAGUUUAAGAAAAAAUUGAAGAAAUCGAGAGUCAUGCUAAAGGAUAAUAAUAUAAUGAAUCUUAUUAGAGAGCACUUUAUGUAAUCUAUUAUGCUGGGCAUGGGGUAACUAGUUUAUACAAAGAAACAUUUGGAGCGAUUCCUUAUUUUGAAGAAAAGACAAAUACUGAAACUGGAGAAAAAAUUGAAUAAAAAGAAGUUAAGUAUUUCAAUUUCACAGAUUUUGCAACUAAGAUGUCUGGCUAUAAUAACACUGUCACAGUUAUAAUUUUGGAUUGCUGUAGAGAAUAUAAAAAGGAAUUAAAUGAUGUGCUAAUUAAAGGGGAAAACUAUCCCAAUUCGAUGGCUGGAGUAUCAUAUUUAAUUCAUGCAGUACCAGAGAGAUAAAAGGCUGCAGCUGAUGAAACAGGUGGUCUCUUUACAACAUAAUUACUUAAUCUGAUUAAACAGUAUGGAGAGAUUGGUAUCCAUAGUUAAAUAGUGUUUGAACAGAUAAACAAUAAUGUAUAAACAAUUUCCAGCUAGUCGAAUGAGAAGAUCGGCUACUAUAAUAUCUUUGGACCACGAAAAGAAAAUAUCUUGGAUGAUCUUAGUUAUAAAGACUAUGAUGAUGAUAAUUAAAGUAUAUUUGAUGGUAGUAGCUCUUCAAGACUAUCUAAUCUUAGCUUAAAUGAUUCUAGAACCUCAUUUGAUACUAUUAAUAGAAAUGAUACCUGGGACUCUUUUUCCUAAAGCAGUAUGACUGAUAGAUCAUAAAUUUAAGAUUAAUAAAGUACAGGAUAAGUGGUUUUAACUAGAAAAUUUCAAAGGAAAAAGAAAGCUGUUGUUGUCCACGGUCCUAUCAAUCUUGAAAUAUCUCCCUAACCUUUAGAACUCAUUUAAAACUUCAAUAAAUAUUACACUUGCUAUAUGGAGAUAUUUGAUGAUAAGCCCUGUAUCAGUGAUUAAUACAACAUGAGAUAUGUCAAGAUUCAGGAUGUCUAUAAGAUUUAGGAUUCUUUAAAGUAUAUUUGCAAGCCUUGCUACUUGCGAUAUCUAGAAAAUAUCAAGAUUAGUGUGAUAAUUGGAGAGUUAAGUAUGAUUUCCAACUUCUAGGAGAACUUUAUUACUUCAAAAUUAAUCAAAUCAAAGGCAUCAGAGCCCUCUCUUUUCCUUUUGAAAAACAAAUCAUUCUUGUUAGAUGAAAGAGAUGAUGGUGGUGAACUAAGAACAACAUACAUCAUUGAGAAAUUUCUUCCUAAGUAUUCAGAAGAGGUAUUCUAGCAACUCCUUCAGAAAUCUCAUAGCCUUUAAUUCAUUUGGUUGACUGAAAGGAUAUUUCUAGUCUUUACUAAUCUUACUGAAUUAAAUAUACUUAAGUUGGGGGCUAGGGAAUACUUAGAUUAGUAUUACAAGGAAGAUCACUUAAAAGAAAGGAAUAGAUUACUCAUUGUUUAAGUUCCAACUUUGAUAAAGUAUUCAUAAGUUAUCUCAGAUUUUUAUUUGAAGUAAUCUACUGACUAUCCAGCAUUAGCGAGAUAUGAUCGCUAGAUAUUUAUUGCCGGAGGUCAUAAUAAUUUAAUGUGGAUGCAAUAUCUAAUUAGUUAUGAUCUUGCUUCAGAAUAAUAAAAUCUUCUGCAUUAAUUUGAAGAUAUCUUGUAAACUCCAACCUUGCUUUGCAAUAAAUUGCAGGGGGUUGACGGAAAUUAAAGUGGAUUGUAAUUUUUCUAUUUGGGCUAAGAUUAAAAAUUCACUAAAAUGAACUACUACUUUAUGCCAGAUUCGAACUCAGAAAAUAAGAACAAAGAUUAGAGUUAAAAUGAGGUUCAGGUAAUCUGCUUAAAUACAGAAUCAAUUAACAAACAACUUUAGGAAUUAAAUUUCACUUAUUCAUACCCAGCUAUGUUUAUUUUCUAAGGAUGCUACCUAGUAUUAUUUGGAGGUAUUGACAUUGACUCACUUGAAACUACCAACAGAUUGCUAGUCAUUGACAUUGAAGAUUUUGCUAACCCCAAAAUUACUGAAAUUGAUCAAGAAAAUUCAGAUAAAGAGGGAUAGAAUUAUAAAGAUUACUUCUUUGGAAACCAAAUAUUAUCUGAUUAGUUUUAGACUUUCAGCUUGAGAGGAGAUCAUGGAAUUUAUAAAGUGAGUUUCAAAAAAUUGCCAAGAGAGGACAUAACUAUUUCUAUAGUAAAAGUAAUCACUUUUUGA